CUCAACCCUAUCGAUUUAGACACGGUCAUGGAUGCAUCCUUGUCGACCGCCCAGUCCCGGCUCAUUAUCACCGCAAACAGCGGACACAACCCCAAGACCGUCCCUCUUCUCUCCAAGCCCUCCACUUUCCUAGGGGAUCGGUGUCUACACCUCUUGCCCUACUACGUUUCGCAUUUCCUGAACGCACGGAACCUACAUCAGCUUCUCGACCACGCCAACGUGGUCGUCCUCCUCGACGUCGAUACUCCAUGGGUCGACAUCCUCGGCAGCAAGCCUUGCGACGGCGCCCGCCCGCCUCUUCGUUAUCGAUUCUGA